GGCGAUUGGUUCGGUCUCGACGGUGGUUCGUUCUCGACGGUUCUUCUCGGCGGUUCGGUGUGGACGGUUCUCCUUGGCAUCCAUCUCGACGGCUGUUCGGUGUCGACGGUUCUCUUUCUCGACGGUUCUCUUUCUCGACGGUUCUCUUUCUCGACGGUUCUCUUUCUUGAUGGUUCUCCUUGGCGUUUGAGUUGAUACGAAGGUGAAGAAGCGAGCUAGUAGUUGAGGUGAAGAUUUGGCUCUCGCAAACCCGGAUAACUACAACAAGUCAAACCAUUUCCUCCAAAGUACAAGGUAAAUCACUAGCACUUGAACUCAAAUAGUUAGAACUAGUAGGCAUAGAGGUAAUUAACUGUGAUUGAAAACGUGUAGACAUGGUUGGUUGUGAUUAGACAUGGUUGGUUGUGUAACUUUAAUGCACUUGAACAAGUUGGUUGUUUAAAUGUUUAGUAACUGUAUAUCAUAGUUAGUUUUCUUUGCUACUUUGAGAUGAUAAUCUAGUUAGUUUGCAACCAAAAACUGUCUUCUUUGAUAUACUGAGAUGAUAAUCUAGUUACUUUGCAAUAACGUUUAGGAGGAGAUGUGUAAUAACUCUGAUAUGACUUUGGUAGUUUAUGGUUAGGCUUUAUUAUCGUUCCUAUUAAUAAACACCAACCUAUCCUUCAAUCUCCAUCAUCUUCUUCCUCUCUUCUCUGCCUAAACCUUUCUCUUCUAUAAUCUCUUCUCUCUUCUUACUGCAAUGGGUUCAAGUAAUCCAUAUAGCCUGUCUUCUGGCUAUGUAGGUCUCCUGAGCAGUCAACACGAUAGUGUUGGCAAUGGGAACUUCGGUUAUGAUAGUUUUCAUUCCCAAUCGUCGGAAAUCCCUCUCUUCAGUUCACAGUCUGACGCUCCAACUCCAGUUGAAGACACACCACCACAAGAUGUACUAUAGUAUAGAGUCACAAGAUGUACUAUAUUUCAGAAAUCACAAUAUACAUUUUUACUCAACUAUAAAGCAUCACUCGUAUGCUGAGUUGAAGGAUCACUUCUCUUUCUUUUCAAAAUAAAUCACAAGCAUAUUUAUUUUUUUUUUGUUUAAAAAUGGCUUCUUCUUCUCAUUACCAUUACCACAAAGAUAAUGGUGACGAUUUUGAUGACAUGUUUGAUGAUUUUGAGGAAGACUUUGAUCAAAUUCCAGAACCAAAAGAGAGAAAAAGGCGUAUUUUUAUCGAGAGAAACCGAGAAGAAGGCCACGAGAAGCUUUGGAAUGACUACUUUAGCGAUACUCCAACUUACUCUCACAAUUUAUUCCGGCGCCGGUUUCGAAUGAACAAAUCAUUGUUCUUGAGUAUUGUCCAUCGUCUCUCGACAGAAGUAGCGUAUUUUCGACCAACAGAAGAUGCAGUGGGACGAAAGAGUCUUUCUCCGCUCCAGAAAUGUACUGCGGCAAUUCGUCAACUGGCGUAUGGUGGUGGAGCUGAUGCAAUUGAUGAAUAUGUACGACUAGCUGAAACAACAGCUAGGAAAUGCUUGCAUUAUUUUGCCGCCGGAAUAAUCCACUUGUUUGGCGAUCAUUAUCUUAGACGUCCCACACCGGAAGAUCUUCAAAGACUACUCCAUUUUAAUGAAGAACGGGGGUUUCCCGGGAUGAUUGGAAGUAUCGACUGUAUGCAUUGGGAGUGGAAGAAUUGCCCAAAAGAAUGGAAAGGAAUGUAUUCACGGGGAACCAAUAAACCAACUAUUGUGUUGGAGGCGGUUGCUUCAUAUGAUCUCUGGAUAUGGCACGCCUUUUUCGGAGCUCCAGGUACUAUGAACGAUCUUAAUAUUCUUGAUAGAUCACCUGUUUUUGAUGACAUUAUUGAGGGCAUAGCUCCGGAAGUAAACUUUCAUGUCAACGGGAGGGAGUACAAUUUGGCUUACUAUCUCACGGAUGGUAUUUAUCCAAAAUGGGCGACUUUUAUUCAAUCAAUCCGUCUACCACAAACUCUGAAACAUUCUUUAUUUGCUCAAAAACAAGAAUCCGUUCGAAAAGAUGUUGAGCGUGCCUUUGGGGUCUUGCAAGCUAGGUUCGCCGUGGUUAAAAAUCCUUCUAAGUUAUGGGAUAAAAAUAAAAUUUCAAAUAUUAUGAAAGCAUGUCUCAUACUCCAUAAUAUGAUUGUCGAAGAUGAACAAGAUGCACGCACUGUUGAGGAAUUUCAAGAUGACGAUUUUACAUUUACCGUUAAAAAAUCUACAAGACAGCCCCAAUCAAAUGCUCGUCGAAAAGAAGUUCAAGAUCAACAAAUCCAUCAACAAUUAAAAGAAGAUUUGAUUGAAAAUAUAUGGGACAAAUUUGGACAUCAAGCAAAUUUUAUAUAAUGUUUAUGUUUUUAUGAAUUCAAUAAAAUGUUUGUUUGCUUUUCAUUUAUGAUGUUUGCUAUUUUUUUUCCUUCUUUGUAAUUUUCUUGUUUUUUCUAUUUAAAUGUUUAAUGUUUUCUCUAUUUAAAUAUUUAAUGUUUUAUUUAACAUUUAUCUUUCUAUAUCACUAAUUAAAAAAAAAAAAACUUAAGGACCACUACAAGUCCUACCAAUAAUCGAAAAUUUAGUGAAUGUCCUUAACAAUUGUCCUUAACACCAAAAUAUUAUUAAAGAAACAUAAGGACCAAGAUUUUGGUCCUAGCAAUAAUGUUGCUCUAAGGAUAUCGAAAUUUGCACCUCGACUGUUACAUUGGUGGAUUAUAUUUGUACAAGAGGUCUUUCCAUCAACUAAUUCUGGUCUUGA